AUGCCUCGACCAAGCCACGGUCAUUCAACGGUGCGUGCCAAGGCGUUCUUCAUUUUGCUGCUCCUGGGUGGGCAUGAAGCCGUCCGCAUUCACGAGGAUGUCAACCUGACGGCCCUAACCUAUCAGAAUGAAGACCCCAUGUGGGAGAAGGUCUACAGAGAUAUGAACAAGGAUUGCUAUUGGGAGCGCACGUGGGGCUAUUGCUACGGUGAUGGAUGCGUGUGGAAACCCUUCGCCUUGGACUUUAGACCUCACGAGGGAUCAUGCCGGAAGAGUGAUAAAUACUUGCUGAAGACGGACCCUCACAACUCCAUGCAAAUGUUUGCUGGAAUCCUCAAAGCAAAGAGCGAGAAGUACGCCAAGAACUGCCAAGGACGAUUCUCUGGAUGGAAUCUCAAGUGCAAACGCCGUUUGCAGCAUAUGGUCAACGCGGUGCGCUUCAUGGCUUUAGCCAAAGAUGAGCUCAACGAGAAGCCACAAGCAGAGGAGCAAAAGGCGCUGCAGGAGGCGUUCACGAGCAGCUUGUCCAACAUGGCCGAGACCUUUGGUGAGGAUGGCGCCUUGGUUGGGAAGCUGAAAGACAAGAUCUUGGAUUCGGAUGCUUUGAAAGAGAAUCCCGAAGGCACUGUGAAGAAAAUGGUUGACCUCAUCACCAAGCUGACCCAGGGCAGCAAGGCGGAGCAUGAUGAAGCCAAGAGCAGCAUCGAAGCCACGCAAGCCUUUGAGCCCGACCAACUCGACGAGACAACAACUCCGGACGAGACGUCGGGUGAUAUGGUCAGUGAAGAGGAAAAGGACUUGAGCGAAGCUCAAGAAGAGGUCAAUGAAGAGCUUCUCGGGUUGGACCCCAUCCCUUCCAGCAGUGAUGGCACCUCCGCAUUGGAGGUGAUGUCCUCGGUGGAUGGACAGAUGAUCGCUGCGGUGCUCUUGGCGGUGGUCGCCGUCGGCGCGACGAUCGUGAUUUCGGCGAUUAUCUCUCAGGUGGUCUUCGCGGCCUUGAUGGCCUACGCCUUCUUGUCGGCCUUUGGCUGCGGUGUCUACUACGCGGGGCGGUAUCAGGGCGAAAAUAAGCAGAUCGAGGCUCCUGAGGAGGCUGAAAAGAAGGAGGACGCCGUUGACAAGAAGGAUGGCAAGACUGAGAAUCAGACAGGUGAAGGCGGUGAAGUUGCUGAGAAGGGGAUGUCCAAGUGGAGUGCCGUCAAAAAGGGCUUGAUUUGCACUGGGAGGUACAUCAUCCUUCCGUUCAAGUUGGUGUGGAAGCUGGGAAAGUGGGUGGUGAAAGGCAUUCGCAAGGUGGCCAGCAAGAAAGGCAACAGCACCAAGGCUGAAUGA